AACUGGUACAAGACAUUGCAAAGUCAGUACCAGUAUCCCCGAAACCGAAAAUGGGUAAACCAAAGGCCACCCCCACCAAACAAGCGUCGAUCGCCAGUUUCUUCACCAAAAAAACAGUCAAUGGCUUAUCGCAGCCUUCACAAGCACCAGCUCCACCACGAGAGCCCAGCCCAGCCGAGAAUAUAUACGAUGCCGAUAGCGAUAUUGAACCAGAAUCAGCUCUGCAAUCAAUAACGAACGGCGCAUCAAAACGACCGCAGGCAGACGAAACAGAAGAAAGACCAAGCAAACGAUCGAAAGGCGACGAGGAAGGAAGUACUAGUUCUUUCUUCCCGAACACGAAUGCUCGUAAAUCUACAUCUUCGAAGCCUAAGCCUUCGCAGAGAACGGAAAAAUAUCUGUACACUGGUUCGAGCCAAUCUGCGGGUGGUGAAGCAAGACCGGAGGAGGAAGUGGACGAUGACGCAACCAAGGCAAGGAAGGAGGAACUGCACAGGCAGUUUGUUAAGAAGUUAGGACAUCCUGAUAGUAUCGCGCGAAUUAAACGGAGGAAUUUUGAGAUCAGCGUCGAAACGGAGGCCUUGGGAAAGGAAGAUGGAGACGAAGAUGAAGAAGAAGCACCAGCUCCUAAAACUAAGAAGAAGGGGGCGAAGACCGGAAAAUUGACUCCUCUCGAGUUGCAGGUUCUAGAAAUCAAGAGGAAACAUAUGGAUACACUCUUGAUCGUGGAGGUCGGAUAUAAAUUCAAAUUCUUCGGAGAGGAUGCAAGAACUGCGGCGAAGGAUUUGAGUAUUGUAUGUAUACCAGGAAAAUUUAGAUAUGAUGAGCGUAGGUUGGCCACACGAUUUGUACCCCAGUGACGCCUCGCUGAUAAAUUUGUAGACCCCUCAGAAGCCCAUCUCGAUCGCUUUGCUUCAGCCAGUAUCCCCACACAUCGAUUGCCAGUACAUGCGAAAAGACUCGUUGCAGCGGGCCAUAAAAUUGGAGUUGUAAGGCAAAUCGAGACUGCAGCUCUGAAAAAAGCCGGAGAUAACAGAAACGCCCCUUUUGUACGAAAGCUUACAAACGUCUGGACGAAAGGAACUUACAUCGAUGACGUUGAAGGACUUGAUCAAUCAGUAGGUGCUUCGUCAGGUGGUGCCGCCGCAACCGGAUAUUUGCUUUGUAUUACAGAAUCGAAAGCCAAAGGAUGGGGGACUGAUGAGAAGGUGGAUGUCGGAAUAUUGGCAGUCCAACCGGCAACCGGAGACAUCAUUUAUGAUACAUUCGAGGACGGAUUCAUGAGGAAUGAAAUUGAGACAAGAUUACUUCAUAUUGCACCAUGCGAGUUUCUGAUCGUCGGAGAUCUCACAAAAGCCUCGGACAAGCUCGUAAGACACCUUACUGGUUCCAGUUCAAAUGUUUUCGGUGACAAAGUACGUGUUGAGCAUAUGGAAAAGAAGAAGACUAUGGCAGCGGAGGCCUAUUCACAUGUUACCCAAUUCUACGCAGACAAACUGAAAAGCAGCCAGAGCUCUGGUAAUGAUAGGGAACAGACCCUGCUGGAAAAGGUCUUGAAGCUCCCUGAAGAAGUCACAAUUUGCCUAUCGGCUAUGAUCACCCACAUGACCGAAUACGGCCUGGAGCAUGUGUUCGACCUGACAAAGUACUUUCAGUCAUUCAGCGCUCGAUCACAUAUGGUUUUGAAUGGCAACACUCUCAGCAGUCUCGAAAUCUAUCACAAUCAGACGGACAAUACUCAAAAAGGUAGCUUAUUCUGGACGAUAGACAAAACUUACACACGGUUCGGCCAAAGACUCCUUCGAAAAUGGGUUGGUCGCCCUCUCCUCGACAAAGAGAGACUUGAAGAACGUGUCUCCGCAGUAGAAGAGCUAAAAGACGGGGACCAAACCCCUAAAGUCGACAAAAUCCGUUCCCUACUACGAGGAACGAAAUCCGACCUCGAAAGAAGUCUAAUCAGAAUCUACUACGGAAAAUGCACCCGCCCCGAACUCCUGACGACCCUCCAAACCCUCCAAAAAAUCUCCAAUGAAUACAUACAAGUCAAAACCCCCUCAGACGCAGGUUUCAAGUCUCCUCUCCUAAACGAAGCAAUCGCCUCCCUCCCAACCAUCAACGAAACCGUAAUAUCCAUCCUCGACAAACUCAACGCAGAAGCCGCCCGCACCGACGACAAAUACGCCUUCUUCCGCGAAGAACAUGAGACGGAAGAAAUCGGCGACCACAAAAUGGGCAUCGCAGCCGUCGAGCAAGAGCUCUCAUCCCACCUCCUCGUCGCCGCCGAGAAACUCAAGAAGAAAUCCGUCGUCUACGUCUCGGUGUCGGGAAUCGAGUACCUCAUCGAAGUCCCCAACACAGACCUAAAACUUGUGCCUGCCUCCUGGGCAAAAAUCUCAGGAACAAAGAAGGUCUCCCGUUUUCACACCCCAGAAGUCAUCCGCAUGCUACGCGAACGAGAUCAACACAAGGAAUCCCUCUCGGCCGCUUGUGACACCGCGUUGUCUGCGUUGUUGGUAGAGAUCAGUGGGUAUUAUGCAUUAUUGAGGGAUACCAUUUCUUCGCUUGCGAAUCUGGAUGCGUUACUUUCGCUUGCUACUAUUGCUCUUUUGCCGGGAUAUUGUAAACCUACUUUCUCUGAUGUUCCAGGUAUUGAUGUUGUAGGGGGUCGACAUCCGAUGAUUGAGCAGCUUCUUCCUACGACUUAUAUACCCAAUGACACCAAACUAUCCACAGCCGAAGACUCAACCAGAGCUCUCCUCAUCACCGGACCGUGAGUAACCUCCCCUCUCCCCCUUUAUCCUUUCCCCCCCUCACCCCUUCCUCGCUUAUUUCACUCCCCACCCCCACCCACAACCCCAAAAACUCACCCAAAACCCCCCACAGAAACAUGGGCGGCAAAUCCUCCUACGUCCGCUCCCUCGCCCUCCUCUCCAUCCUCGCCCAACUCGGCUCCUACGUCCCCGCCACCUCCCUAACCCUCGGCCUCUUCGACAGCAUCCACACCCGCAUGGGUGCCUUCGACUCCCUCUUCACCGCGCAGAGUACCUUCAUGGUCGAGCUCUCCGAGACCGCCGCGAUCCUGAAAUCCGCCACGCCGCGGAGUCUCGUGAUUCUAGAUGAAUUAGGUCGGGGAACCAGUACCCAUGAUGGGGUCGCGAUCGCGGGGAGUGUACUGGAUUGGGUGGUGAGGGAAACGAAGUGUUUGUGUUUGUUUAUCACGCAUUAUCAGACGCUUGCGAGUUUGGCUGAGGGCUUCGAGCGCAAGGAGUUGAGGAAUGUGCAUAUGAAGUUUAAUGCUGAGAAGAGUGAGGAUGGUGCUGAGGAAAUCACGUUUCUCUACGAAGUGGGCGAGGGUGUUGCUCAUCGCUCUUAUGGUAUGAAUGUCGCGAGGCUGGCAAACAUCCCUAAAGCUGUGCUGGAUACUGCUACCCUGAAGUCAAAUGAGUUGGAGAUGAAUGUGAAGCAAAAGAAACUGUCGGGUCUGUCAAGAUUACUGGGCGACGUAAUCACAAGCGAAGAAGGUAACUCGGAUCAAUUCGAUCAGUUGAUCCUUGGUAUUGAGCAACUAUAA